CAUGCCACCCAAAAAGAAGAGAGUAGCUAAUUCCAAUAGCGAGGAACCUAUUGUUAAUUUGCGAAGGCCAACCAAAGCAAGGGUUAAUACUGAGGCUGAAGUCACUCAAGACAUGAGAAAUAAUGAACGUCCUAGGGUGACACGCACUGAUCCUUUGGAUGAAGCUGCUGCCCGACUGUUGGACAGGUUGGCCCAUGUUGCUAGUAGAGGCGUAGGUAGAGUAGAGGCAAGGGCUGGUUGCUCUUUUGAGACUUUUAUGAAGCAGAAUCCCCCUUCCUUUGAUGGGAAGCCAGAUCCUACAGAAGCUGAGAAUUGGUUCUUGCAAAUGGAGAAAUUGUUAGAAGCUUUAGAUUGCACUGACUCUUAGAAGGUGCGGUUUGCAACUUUCAAGUUGAUAGGAGAAGCUGAGCGUUGGUGGAGAUCUACUAAAGCCAUUUUGGAGGGAAUGGACACUGAGAGAAAUCCCAUCA